CGAACAAACACCAGCUUCAAGCUACCUACCUUAUUUAUCCACGCGCCAAUCGAGCAAGAUGUUGGCCACCCGUUUAUUCACGCCGCAGAAGCUUCGCCUUUCGAGGCUGAGGCGCGUAUCAACAUUAACCUCCAAUGCCAAUAUUAAAGUCUUCCCAAACCCUCAGCAACCCAACAGUCACCUCCUUUCUUACCUCGACACCACACCUCCAAACCCGUCACUCGCAAUUGGCACCACGACUGCCCUCCCACCGACCCCUAAAUCGUUCCAGGGGAACCCGCGCUUCCUCUCCAUCCUCGACGACGUCCUUGCCAAACAUGCGGCCGACGACCCGGGGCUAAAGAGCCAAGCGCAGGCGCUCGCGUCGCCGGGCGGGUUUAAUUUCAUACAGGCACGGAACCAACGGGGAUCAGGCACCGGUGCUGGCGGUGCGAGUGCCGAGGGUGGUGCGGGCGGGGCGGGAGUGGGUGGGUGGGUGCAUCUGAGCGACUCUCGGAACCCGCCUGAUUUUGGGAGGAUUGCUUGGCCGGAGGACAUACUCGGCAGCGUGGAGGUGGAUGGCAAGGGCGAGAUCGUCGGCAACUAUCAGCCCAGCGGCACGUACCGAGUUGUGACAAACCAGGGAAUCCUCGGACUCAGCCCCUUUCUACAGGAGAAACUAAUAGCCAGGCUUCGGGAGGAAGAGAAGGUGUAAAAGAAGGGGGCGAGCUCUGGUAAAAAGGCAGCGUUUGUCUCCUCAAGUGGAAUCUGUACGGUACAUCCAUGGCUACAAUUAGGCCGUUGCCAAGGGUUCGAGGUUGUUGUACAUAUUGUAAUGUAUACGAAAGAAUAAAUACCCUACUCAU